UUUGAGGGUUACAAAUUCGACCCAAAUGGAGAGUAUGUACGCCGGUGGCUGCCUGAACUUGCUAGACUGCCUACUGAAUGGAUACACCACCCUUGGAAUGCACCAGAAUCUGUACUCCAAGCUGCUGGAAUUGAGCUCGGCUCCAACUAUCCUCUUCCCAUUGUAGAAAUAGACGCAGCAAAAGCCCGGUUGCAAGAAGCACUUUCAGAGAUGUGGCAACAUGAAGCAACUUCAAGAGCAGCACUUGAGAAUGGAACUGAAGAAGGGCUCGGAGAAUCCGAGGCAUUGCCCGUUGCAUUCCCUCCUGACACACAAAUGGACGUCGACGUCCAUGAACCUGCAAGGAACAACAACCCUACAAUGGCCCGACGGUAUGAGGAUCAGAUGGUCCCCAGCAUGACUUCUUCAUUGUUAAGGGUUGAAGAGGAAGAAGUUUCUCUUGAUCUCAGAAAUCGUGCAACAGACAGUAGGGCUGAAGUGCCAACGAAUGUCAAUGUAAAUCAAGAACCGAGGAGAGAAGUACUAAACCAAGGUGUUAUGCAAUUGCAAGCAGUCCGAAGCAACGCAACUCCACCACAAUUUAACAUUAGAAUAGGUCUGCAAAAUGCUGAAGAUUCCAUGGCAGAAUCUUCUAGUAAUAGUAGUAGGAGAGAAAGGGACGGAGGCGUAGUUCCCGUGUGGUCUCCCUCGACUUCUAGUUACUCGGAGCAGUUUGUGGGUGAAGAAAAUGGGAUUGGAACUAGUUCAUCUUUCUUGCAGAGGCAUCCACAGUCUCACCAACUAAUGAACUGGAGGCGGCUUUCUCAAACUGGGUAAUGUUUCUGCAUUACGACACAAGAAGCUGGGAAAUGGAGAAUUCUGGAUCAUACCGUGGAGACAUAUUUAUUGACCGUUCUUGCCCGGUCUGACCUGUCCAGCGGUUGGCCUCCACUAUAUAUGAGAUUUCAAAUCGGUGUAGGCUCGUCGUGUCUAUCCUCUUUUGUCUGUAUCCUGUUGUACCAUAUUUGUAGCUCUGCUGUAUAGUGAAUGUUCUCGUAAGGGGACAGAAUAGAGAUUAGAGAUCUGUGAUCCUCCAAUAAACUCAAGUUUGUGCUUUUUCAUUUUUAUGAAGUAAACAAUAAGCAAUCAUGUUCAUAUAACCACUUUUUUUCUUACCUUUUUACAUAAUCCAUGGAGGCAUAGGUUUAAAGAAGUAUGUUUUCUUGGGGAUA